AUGGUCAAAGGCGCCGCCGCAACAGGCCCGGGUGUCUACAGUGCAACGUACAGUGGGAUACCAGUGUACGAGUUCCAAUUCGGAGACGAUUCAAAGGAGCAUGUCAUGCGGAGGCGGCAUGACGAUUGGAUCAAUGCCACACACAUCCUCAAGGCCGCUGGCUUCGACAAGCCCGCCCGCACACGCAUUCUCGAACGAGACGUGCAAAAGGACGUACACGAGAAGAUCCAGGGCGGCUACGGCAAAUACCAAGGUACAUGGAUUCCCCUCGAGGCCGGCGAGGCCCUGGCACAGCGCCACAGCGCCUACGAUCGCCUACGCCCCAUCUUCGAGUAUGUCCCCGGCGACGAGAGCCCGCCCCCCGCGCCCAGGCACGCGACCAAGCCAAAGGCCUUCAAGGCCCGCGCGCCCGCCGCUCCCAAGUGGACGGCCCCCAAACCUCUGCCGCCCGCUGCUGCCAUGAUGCAGCCUGCCGCGCUUACGCCGUCGGGCUCCGUCAUGAUGCACGACGACUACGACAAUGGCGACACCAUGAUGGGCGACGAAGACACACCCGACAAUCUCACCGUCGCCUCGGCCUCGUACAUGGCCGACGAUGACCGCUACGAUAUGGCGCACAUGUCGACGGGCCAUCGGAAACGCAAGCGCGAGGAGCAGAUGCAGGAUCUGACGGAGCAGCAGCACGCCGUCUACGGCGACGAGCUGCUCGACUAUUUUCUCCUCUCUAGAAACGAGCAGCCAGCAGUCAAGCCAGAUCCGCCGCCCAACUUCCAACCCAACUGGCUCAUCGAUGCCGAGAACCACACGGCUCUGCACUGGGCGUCGGCAAUGGGCGACGUCGACGUCAUCAAGCAGCUUAAGCGGUUCAACGCCGCCGUCGCCGUCAAGAACAUACGCGGCGAGACUCCCUUUAUGCGAUCUGUCAACUUCACAAACUGCUACGAGAAGCAGUCCUUCCCCGCCGUCAUGAAGGAGCUCUUUGAGACGGUCGACGCCAGGGACAACGCGGGCUGCACCGUCAUCCAUCACGCCGCCGUCAUGAAGAACGGCCGCGUGUUCAGCCCCUCGUGCUCGCGCUACUACCUCGACAACAUCCUCAACCGGCUGCAGGAAACGCUGGACCCCAGCGCCUUCCAGCAGCUGCUGGACGUGCAGGACAACGACGGCAACACGGCGCUGCACAUGGCGGCGCGGCGCAACGCGCGGAAAUGCAUCCGCGCGUUGCUCGGCCGCAACGCCUCGUCAGACGUAGCCAACCACGAGGGCGUCCGGGCCGAGGACCUCAUCAUGGACCUCAACGCGGCCAAGAAGCAGCGCGGACCCCAGCGCUCGUCGUCGCCGUUUGCGCCCGACUCGCAGCGGCACGCCUCGUUCCGGGACGCCUUUGCGGCGGACAAGGCGCGCAAGCCGCCGCCGCCGGCGACCAUGGCGUUUCAGUCGGCGGCGGCGACAACGGUGCAGACGCGCAUCUCGCCGCUCAUUGCCGAGAAGUUCCAGGACCUGGCCAAGAGCUACGACGACGAGUGGCACGAGAAGCACGUGGCCGAGACGGAGGCGCGGCGCAUCCUCGGCAACACGCAGGCGGAGCUGGCGGCGGCGCGACAGCAGAUUGCCGAGCUGGAGGCGCGCACCGAGCCCGACGACGUGGCGGCCCGGAUCCUCGGCGAGGCAAACCUGGCCAAGCACCAGGUGCUGUCGCUCAUCUCGCACCAGAACCGGCUGCACAUCCAGCAGGCCGUCGACGGCGAGCUCAGCCGCGGCGCAAACGGCGACUCGUCGUCCUCGGGCGGCGCGGACGAACCGUUUGAGGGGCGCCUAGGCCUGGCGCGCCAGCUGCGCCAGAUGCUGGCCGAGCAGCGCCAGGCAGAGGUCGACUACGUCGACGCCCUCAGCAUGGUGGGAGUCGGCGACAAGAUUGAAAAGUACCGCAGGCUACUCAAGCGCUGCCUCGACCCCAAGGACGGCGAGAGCCUCGACACAAACCUCGACAGUCUCAUCGAGAUGAUGGAGGAGGAGCGCGAUAUGCACGACAUGGACGGGCCGACACCAUCGGGGCCGCCCGAGCCCAUGGACUUGGCUCUGCGGGUAUAG